AUGCGCAGUAGCCAGUUCGGUUACAUUUCGUUUGGAUGGUUCUUUAUAGCUUAUCUACAAUGGAAGGUCGGUAACUGGAGCGUUGAGCUGGGGGGCAGUGGACAUUCCUCAGGCAGGAGCACAGGAAUACAGGUUCAGGCCAAACUGGACCGCACUGAGCUCUUCUGGCUGCAGGCCGCACUGGGCAAACGCUGCUUACAGGCUGCUGCUGGACACGAUAGCGAUUCGUCUGACGACCUCAGAACAACCCUCUGCUUGGAUGGACGGCGCUGGCUGACCCUCAAGGCCCAAAGGGGAGGAAGUGGCAUUGAGAAUGAGACUCUAGCACUCAUCUCCAUGGGGAUAGCCAAUCACAGCCUUAUCUUCCAGGCCAAAGGGUGUGAGGAGUGCUUACAGGCGACAGAGGCACGGCUCCAGCAGCUGGGCUCACACAUGAAGAGGAAGCUGCUGGACAGAGUUCAAAGACUGCAUAAUCUUCUGCUGGACUUCAGGAGACAGGCUGGAGGCAGUGUGGCCUUACACGAGUUGUGUGACUGGCCGCUGCGACUGACCCAGAGGGCCGAGAAGCUGCUGCUGCAGAGAGCGGCCGUCCCAUGGAGCGUCUGGACCAAUGGAUCUCUCCGCCACACGCUGACCCAAAGCCUGCCGCAAACACUCCACUUCUUACACCACAUGUCUCAGCUGGUCCAGCAGGAGCUCAGGAAGCCGCUGGCCACACUGGCUGGAGCUUACCACGAUGUGACGGGAGAGCGUCUGGACACGGCGUGGCAGCAGGGUCUGGAGCUGUGGCGCAGAGAGUUGGAGGAGCUGCUGCCUGCCAUCCUGCACAACCACGAGCUGAGGGUGCCGUCCCUGACCGCUGUCCACACCACGAUCGCCGCACUGGACUUGGUCAGCCAGCAGACAGUCCACUGGGCCGAGGCCAGGUUGGCUGCAGCGCUAGUGGGGAUCCGGAGGCAGCUAGCCUACAUGUACAAGUUCUCCAAAAGUAGCGAGGAAGUGAGACUGAGACUACCUCUGCCACAGACUCCCUGGCCAAAGGGCUCAGUGUCCGGGGUGGUGGAGGUUCUACUGGAGGAGUUCCUCCUGAAGCCCCUCUUAGCACUGAACUCAGCCAGCCUCACUGCUGAGCUCUACAGGAUCAAGAGGAGGUUGAUGGACAGUCCAUUCAACCAUCAAGCAUUUCUGGUAGCAGAUGAAUUUGCAGUAUCGUUUGAUGGACACCUGUUGGAGCUCCCAGCUUCCUGCGAUCUUAUCUUGGCAGCUGAUGUCCAAAGUAACACCUUCACCAUCACUCUCAAAGCUAGCCGGCCAAAACAGCGCUCUCUAGUGGUGCAGCUGAAAAACACCACUGUAAUAAUCCAUCCUAAUGAACAGGUGGAGGUUGACUGCCGCAACAUACACCCACCCUUCACUAACCCUGAUGUGGCCAUAAUGAGGGAGCUGAAUCUACUAACGGUGUCCAACAGAAGAGGACUGUCGGUGUCAUGUGACCCCUAUCUGAACGUGUGCAGUGUAACUCUGGAUGGCUGGCUACAUGGGACAGCCAGCGGACUUCUUGGCACCAAUGACAACGAGGCCGGGAAUGAGUAUCCUUUGCCGGACGGCUCCCAGGCCCAGAGCUUGGCUGAAUUCACUGACGACUGGCAGGCCAGUUCCAGCUGCAACGGUACCAGAUCUGGGACCUGCCAGAAAUGGACCACAGUGGUUCCAUCCUGCACACUCCUCUUCUCCUCCGUCACUUCUCCCCUCAGCCCCUGUUUCAGAGUGAUAGACCCUGAGCAGUUCCUUACAGUUUGUGAACGAAGACAUUGUGACUCUGUAGAUGCGUCCAGAACUACUCUCUGCAGGCUGGCUUUAGCCUACGUUCACUUGUGCCAUAGAAACUACGUUCCUCUGGAGUUGCCCAUACAGUGUGCGUAAGGCCGCUGUGAAGCGCUCGCCUCAGCUGAACACGACGUGUCCACUGACCUGAGCUGUUUCACAUAACAUGAGCCUCAUUCACAUCUUUCCUACUUUGCAAUUUAUCUGAUUCAUGGACCUUUUUACUUUUUUACAUUUUAUUUUAAGCUUGUAUCUGACCUCAGCAAUGAGUUUUAAAGCGCUUCUAACCUUCUAAAGUUACUACAUAUUUAAGACAAAUUUCAAGAGCUAAAAUCUACCGCUUGAGGAAAUACUUUUAGGUUUAACAGGGUUUCUACAACUUUGACCUCACUACACGCAAAUGAAUGUGAGCACGGUUUUAACCUCGACUUGAAAAACAUUUAAAGCCCUCAAUAAAAACAGGCCAGUGCAUUUUUCCCGUUCUGGACCUGGCCUGAGGCCAAUACAGACUUAAGGGUCGUAAAACGUGAAAUGUAGUGAACGGGACUUAUGACUCAGAUUGAUGUCCAGUGGCCCUGAUUACGGAGGAGAAGACAUCAGGAACUCUACCUGUCAGAUCUGGACUCAGGCUGUGUGGAAAGAGAAAUGCUUUUAGUGAUAUUUUCUGGCAAAGUUAAUUGUUAACAGUACAUUUCUUAGCAAGUGAAAAUGUCUUUCAGGCAGUGAAUCUAAUGUGAAAUAGUGAAGAUGCCUUGAAGAUACUAAAUUUAAUAUUUCUCCUAAUCCAGUUUACACUUCUGUAACACUUUGCAUGUAUAAACGUUGGUUUAGUUUCUAGACAUUUAUUUUAGGAAGUUUUUUAUACAUGCUAGGUUACAAGGUAAUAAAUUGAGCACAAUAGGGGAACAAAAGGAGAGACAAAAUAAUUAAAAGAGGAUAAAAAGUGCUGGGGCAAUGAU